GCCACUGCAUCUUAAUCCCCAAUUCUGUGAGCUUGAGCGCCCGCCCGACGGUCUACGCUGGCGGUAUCCGCUUGUUCGCCGCCGCGCUGUCAUAAACCAACUGGUCGCCUAAGGCAAGCAACCGCAUCUCUCCCCUCUUUCUUCCCCCUCUUUGUCUCUUCUCCCAUGGCAUCGGGUGAGUCUUCCGGACGAGCAGCCGCCUCGGACUCCAGAUCGUUCGAUUUCGGCUCCGAUGACAUCCUGUGCUCCUACGACGAUUUCUCCGCGCAGGACACUUCGAUUGGGAAGCGAUCGGAUCCCUCCGGAAAGGAUCUCCAUGAGAAUAGCAUGGGAAGACCAUUAGUCAGUAUCUAUGAACAAGAAGAUUAUUCCAGGGAGGGUGUAUUACCAUCUGUUGAGAAAUGCAUGAAGAAGUAUGCCGAUAAUUUACUCCGAUCACUUGAUGGUAUCUGUGGCCGUUUGUCACAGUUGGAGAUAGUCUGCUACAAACUUGAGCGAUCUGUUGGUGAACUUCGAGCUGAUUUUACUCACGACCAGAAUGAAAAAGAUGUGAAAUUCAAGUUUCUUGAGAAGCAUCUUCAAGAAGUGCAUAGAUCUGUUCAAGUUCUAAGAGAUAAGCAAGAACUUGUUGAAACUCAAAGGGAACUAGUCAAACUUCAACUUGCGCAGAAAGCUCCUGAGAAAAAUGAGAAUACUAAUGUACGAGAAGCAUCAGAGCCAAAAAGCCAGAAUGAGAAACCUGACACCGGGAACCAACAGUUGGUGCUUGCUUUACCUCGACAAACUGAUCAAACAGUGCCUCCCGCUGGAACUUCUCAGCAAGUUCAGCCGUACAAAGAACUAUCUAAACCCCAGCAAGCACCUGCCCCUCCUAACAUUCAACAGGAGCAAGUUAUGCCAAAACAAGUUGGCAAUUAUUAUGGUCAGCAUCAAACAAUGCUGCAAGACCAACGCAACCAACCUGUCCAACCUGAGCCACAGUACAUACAACCAGGAUCCCAGCUUCACAAUAGACCACAUCAGGCACCGCCACAGGUGCUUCUGUCAGUAAACCAGAACCAACCUCCCCCUUUUCCUCAACACCUGCAGCAACUACCUCCACAGCAAGAUCAGCACCUGCAGCAACAAAUUGCUUCACAGGCUCAAAUCAGAUCUCCACCACCGCCAUCAUAUACCCCUUACCCAUCUCAGCCUGUGAAUCCUGGUCCUGAAACAUUUCCUAGUAGCGUGCCCAUGCAAGUCCCUAAUCCAGUAAUUGUACAUCCUGGAGGCAUCCGCCCUGAAGCUUUUCCAUAUGGUUAUGGAGGAAGUGGCAGCACAGUGUCGCAGCCGCCUCCGCCCUUGCAUCAUGGCAUACAGCAGCCUAUGCAGCCUCCAGUCAGCCAGAGCUCCUUUGCCCCACAGCUGGGCAAGGGUGGCAGUUACAUGGGCACUCCACCUUAUCCACCUCCAUCGCACAACAUACCAGGCUACAAUGCUGCAUACAACUACCCACCGAGCAACCUUCCAGCUGCUAGGAACCAGCAAGUACCUCCUCCAACUCACCAGUACAACUCCCAGUCCAUCCGCAAUCACCCAUAUGGGGAGAUGAUUGAGAAAGCAAUUAACAUGGGAUUUGAUAAGAAUCAGGUUAUAAAUGUUGUCCAGAGGAUGAGCGACAGUGGGCAACCGAUGGAUUUUAAUUCUCUGCUCGAUAGAUUGAAUGGACAAGCUGGUGGGACAUCUGCAAGAGCACGGUGAGAAAAGCUGGUAGGUGCAUGCUUAUGUGGGUGUUCAAUUUGUCUCUUGUGCAUUAAUAAUCUCUCUUCAGUGCUUGGCGUUGUAGAUAUAAUUUUCUUUCAUUCAAUGUCCCGACCUUUAUCAAAUUUGUUGCAAGAAAUGCCGAGAGUUAAAGUGUUAAACAUCAUAUCGACUAUUCACUAGAGCUUGAGUCAAUUUGUAAAGGCGCAUCCGGAACUUGUGUUAAGCUGGGACAGUUUUAUUCUUGGCGGAAGAUUCAAAGUCUGAAUUGGCAUGAAGUUUAUACUUAGCCUGCAAGUUUUGAGUCUGCCUUGUAACCCAAGUUCUGGAAUAGUAGCUAGCGAACGUGCAGUUGAACUGAAAUGUUAUAUCCAUGAAA